AUUCAGAGUGAAUGGAUUAUAAAUUAAGUUUGAGCGCGCCUGAUGCUUUCUCAUAAGUCAUUAUAUUUAUAUAAAUAUAUAUGUAAAUUCUCCAUCGUCAAAAUAGUGGACCCAAGUCAAUUUGAAUUACAUCAAGCGUGAUAGAAAAUUCAUGUUGAUUAUUCAAACAAAUAUUAUUGUGUUGAUAUGAAUUUCUUGCUUAUUAUGUACUUUACGUACAUCGAGUGGAAAACUCGGAUUUACUUAUGGAUUUAGAAUGGUUGGUUUGUUAACACUGGGGCACUUAUAUUCACCUUGUGUGGGUACUCAAGAAGUGGUCGAAAUGGCGACUAUGCCAACAAGUGCACCUACAUCAGCAGAUGCUUGUCUAAGUAUUGUUCAUUCUUUGAUGUGUCAUCGACAAGGAGGUGAAAAUGAGAAUUUUGCAAAGCGAGCUAUAGAAUCCCUUGUAAAAAAGUUAAAGGAAAAACGAGAUGAAUUAGAUUCUCUUAUCACCGCAAUUACUACAAAUGGUGCACAUCCUAGCAAAUGUGUGACAAUUCAGAGAACCUUAGAUGGAAGAUUGCAAGUGGCUGGAAGAAAGGGAUUUCCUCAUGUUAUUUAUGCCAGGAUAUGGAGAUGGCCAGAUCUUCAUAAAAAUGAACUAAAGCAUGUAAAAUAUUGCCAAUUUGCUUUUGAUUUAAAAUGUGACUCAGUUUGUGUUAAUCCUUACCAUUAUGAACGUGUGGUCUCUCCAGGGAUUGAUUUGUCUUCCUUGACAAUACAUACUUCUAAUUGUGCACGGCUUCCCAAAGAUGAAUACACUGCAGGUAAUCCAUCUUCACAAAUGGAUCCUGAUUUUGUUCCAACAAUUCCGCAUUAUCCUCAUAAUCCUGUAGGGCCAGAAGUAACAACAACUGCUGUACAUCCUGGCAAUGUUGGGCCCCAACAGGAUACACAAGGUGAACCCAUCUUUGUUGGUCCAAUGCCUCCAUCAAUACCAAAACUAGAACCAACUGAUGGUAGACCAAACUGGAUGCCUAAUAGAUUACCUCAUCCGUCUAUACCUCAUGGAAUGCCAGCAAAUGUUCCUCAAUCAGUUGUUAGACAUCCUGCUGUUGUGCCAAGCAGUAAUGUACCGGGUAAUUCUGGACAACAACAGUUUUUUGGUCCUCCUAAUGAACAGAUAAAUUCCGAAACGCAAAUAACUAAUUUGGGUUCUACAUCUGCUGAAUGUGCUUCUGCAGUAUCACCUCAACAAAUUGCAAACGGUUUUGGAAAUAACACUGGAAAUCAAUCUGGCCAACCAGGUGCAGCAGGCAUGGUGGUUAAUCAGACACAAGGUGCACGACAGAAUUAUGCAGGGCCACAUGCAACCUGGACAGGUUCUAGCACUGUUACUUAUACACCAUCACAUCAUACAGCUACUGGACCCUAUUGGGGGCAUAAUGCUGCAAAUAAUUAUCCUGGUGGUGAGAUUAAUAGUGUUUCUCCUGGAUUAUUAUCAUCACAACCUGCUCCUGAGUAUUGGUGCUCAGUAGCUUACUUUGAAUUGGACACUCAAGUUGGAGAAACAUUUAAGGUGCCAUCUUCAAGACCCAAUGUUAUAGUAGAUGGAUAUGUAGACCCCUCUGGUGGUAAUCGAUUCUGUCUUGGAGCAUUGAGUAAUGUGCACAGAACAGAGCAGAGUGAAAGAGCUAGGUUACAUAUUGGUAAAGGCGUUCAGCUAGAUUUGAAAGGUGAAGGCGAUGUAUGGUUAUUAUGCAACAGUGAUCAUUCAGUAUUUGUACAAAGCUAUUAUCUUGAUAGAGAAGCUGGAAGAGCUCCUGGUGACGCCGUUCAUAAAAUUUAUUCCAGUGCAUAUAUAAAGGUUUUUGAUCUUCAUCAGUGCCAUAGUCAAAUGCAAAUUCAAGCUCGAACAGCUCAGGCUGCAGCAGCCGCUCAAGCUGCUGCUGUUGCAGGGAGAAUUACUGUGCCAUCUAGUACUAGUGCCAUAGCUCCUAUUAGUUUAAGUGCCGCUGCAGGUAUUGGUGUGGAUGAUCUUCGUAGACUUUGCAUUUUACGUCUGAGUUUUGUAAAAGGUUGGGGACCUGAUUACCCUAGGCAAUCAAUAAAAAAUACCCCUUGUUGGAUAGAAAUACACUUACAUAGAGCUUUACAGCUACUUGAUGAAGUGCUCCAUACAAUGCCUAUAGAUGGGCCCAGAGUUAAUGAAUAAAGCAGUGUAAUAUUAAUGUUAAUUGUAUAAGAAGAGAGUUAAGUGAAACAAAUAGGUUGAUUUAUAUUUUAUCGUUGUAUUUUAUCUAAUGACAAACUUAAUGUUUUUGUUCUUGAAAUAUUUGUGUGAUUGUAUUUUACAAGAAACCUGACGUGAUUGACUGAUGUCAAUAAGUAAUUUUACAUAAGCAAGAUAGUGUUAUCUUUUCUAAAAAAAAAAAUUAAGAAUAAAAUCAUAAAAUGUUGAAGUUUAUGGAAUAUAAAGCUAAGUGUUGAUAAUAUAGAAACAGUGAUCAAGAGAAUAGGUUUGACACAUUUAUUUAUAUUUAUAUAGAUUAUAUGUUUAUAUUUAUUAAACCUAUGUGAUU